AUGUCGGUCACUUUAGUUCUCCUGCGCAAAAGUCACGACGACGGAGUGCUGUGCGUGUGGCACGUGGCGCGCGCGUGCGUGCUGGCGCGGCUGGCGGCGCACGAGGGCGCGCUGCACGCCGUGGCCGCGCCCGCCGGCGGCGCGCUGCUGCUCACCGCCUGCACCGAGGGUGUGCUCAAGGUGUUCGAUUUGGUAGAUAUAUGUAGAGGCGGUAACGAGGAAACCAAUCCGACUCCACUCACGUGGAUCGACGGAGCGCAUGACCUAGGUGCGAUGUGUGCCGAUGCUAACGAAAGCGGGCGCGCCGCCGCGACGGGCGGGCACGACGCCAAGAUCCAGCUGUGGCGCGCGACGCGAGACGACGGAGGCCGCUGGGCGCUGGGCGCGGCGGGCGCGCUGGAGGGGCACGCGGCCACCGUCACGAGCCUGCGCUGGGCGGGCGGCGCCGACGCCGACGCGCUGCUGGCCUCGGCGUCGCUCGACCGCACGGCGCGCCUCUGGCAGGCGGCUUCGGGCACGUGUGUUCAUAUCGUCCAGGCGCAUCCUCGAUACCUCACGUGUGUGGCUCUCGCUUACGACUUGCAAUACAUGAUCACCGGUUCCAACGACAAAUCACUUCGAAUGUGGUCGCUCGGGUCUCUGACUAUCGAUGAUGAGCUGGAACCGGCGUGUGCUGCACUCGCACACUUUGGUCUUGGAGAUCUGGAGGGUAUAGGGCCAGUAGACGACGACGAGCUGGACGACGGCGGCGCGGAGGGCGGCGAGGGCGAGGCGGACGAGAACGGCUCGCGGCGCGUGUGGCACGAGCGCGCGCACUCCGGCCCGAUCAAUUGUAUUUCAGUGCACGGGGAUCUGUUCUCAACCGCUUCGAGCGACGGGCAGGUGCGCGUGUACCGCUGGGCCGGCGCGGAGGGCGCGGAGGGCGCGGCGGCGCCGCUGCAGGCGCUGGCGGCGCACGAGUACCCGGCGCUGACGUGCGCGCUGGGCGCGGGCGGCGCGCUGCUGCUCUCGGCCGGCCUGGACGGCUGCGCGCUGCUGUGGGACGUCCAGAUGGGUAUAGUCCUGCGGUCGCUGAUGGUACCGAGCGGUAACGGUGCCGGCGGCGACUCCGGCGGCGGCGGGGUGCGUGGCGCCAGAAUAUCCCCCCACCGCCCGCCACUUCUUCUACUAGCAACUGACGAUGGACUUGCCCCUAUAUGGAACCUCGCUGACCCAGAUCCCCACCCAUUACACAUAUACGGAGGUCACGCGGAGGCUGCCACGUGCUGUGCGUGGUCGAGUGACGGUCGAAUCUUGGCGACGGGCGCCACCAGCGGGGAGCUCGUCAUCCACGCCGCGCCGCCGACGCCUUGUACUCUGCAUCAGGAGCCGCAGGCGCACGAUCUCGCAGGCGUCCAGAGCUGCGACUUCGCGGCGAACGGCAGCGUGCCCGGCAUGCCGGACGGGGAGGGAUCGUAUUUGUUGGCCACCGCCGGCGCCGAUUCGCUCGUGAGGCUGUGGCUGAUCGAGAUCGACGAGGAGGCGGCAACUGCGCAGAUGCGCAUGGUCCGCGUGGUGCACGCGCACGGCGGCGGCGCGUCGUGCGUGCGCUGGGGCGGCGCGGGGCUGCUGGCGUCGGCCGGCGGCGACCGCUGGGCGCGCGUGUGGCGCGGGCGGCGCGGCGAGGGCGAGGGGGGCGCGGGGGGCGAGGGGGUGCAGUUGCGCGCCUUAGCCGCGGUGCCGGCGGGGGGCGCGGGCGGCGCGCCCGCGGUGGCCUUGCUAGAUGACGCUGACGGCGGUUCCCUGGUGGCGGUGGGCACGCUGAGCGGCGAGCUGGCGCUGUGGCGGCUGCCGGCGGAGGGCGCGGGCGCGCUGGACGACGACGCCGACGCGCCGCGCUUCUGGGACGAGGCCGGCGUGGUGCGCUGGCUGCGCGAGUACGUCACGCGAGCGCCGGGCAUGGGGCUGGUGUCGGCGGAGCUGGCGGUGGAGACGGAGGAGGCGGCGCGCGCGGCGGCGCUGUCGGGCGCGCGGCUGCUGGACGACGCCGUGCCCGACCUGCUAGCCGCCGUCUUCGGCUGUAGCGAGGACGAGGAGUCUGCAGUGGAAGAGAAGUCCGAGGAAGCCCAGGGCCGCGCGGCGCUUCGGGCGCGCCUGCGCGACGAGCUCGAGUGGCUGCGGCGCGCGCCCCCGCCGCCCGCGCUGCAUUUUGCAAGGAUACGGAGUGAGGUAUGGUUGGGUGCGCAGGCGCGGUCGGCGCCGCACGCGCUGCUGUGCCCGCUGUCGCACCGCCUGCUGCGCGAGCCGGCGCGCGCGGCGGACGGGUUCUCGUACGAGCGGCGCGCGCUGCGCGAGUGGCUGGUGGCGGGCGGGUCGUCGCCGCUGUCGGGCCGGCGCCUGCGCAACGCGCGCCUGCACCCCAACUACGCGCUGCGCGACGCGCUGCGGGCCUUCCUGCGCGACCAAGCCGGGGACGAGUAGCCUCCUCUCGGAAAUAUUAUACAGGGUGGAAUUUUGGGGUGUCAUACUUGCUAUCGAACGUUGAAGUAUCUAUGGUCUAGA